AUGCGUGCAGUCGGGGCUGAGGGGUUGGAAGCCUACGCUCAUGCAUCGAAGCAGCUGCAGCAGCAGCAGCAGCAGCAGCAGCAGCCGCAGCAGCAGCAGCAAGUUAUAGCGUUUAUAGGAUGUGCACCGACAGCAACCGCAGCAGCAGCAGCAGCAGCAGCAGCAGCAAGACCUGCUGCAGCACGCCCAACGGCGCAGCAAAAAGCAGCAGCAGCAGCAGCAGCAGCAGCAGCUGCAGCAGCAGCAGCAGCAGCAGCAGCAGCAGCAGCAGCAAGACCACCACUCUUUUCACACUGCAUGCCCCCCGUUAUAAAGUUCGUCGUUUUCUCUGUCUAUCGGCUCCUGCAGCAGCAAGCUGUGACGCGGCCACAGCAGCAGCAGCAGCAGCAGCAGCAACAGCAGCAGCAGCAGCAGCAGCAGCAGGACACGAUGGAGCAAGACGGCCCAGAGGAACCGGUUGCUUAUAGUGACCCUGCUGCAGCAGCAGCAGCAACAGCAGCAGCAGAUGUACACGGAGAUAAUGGCUCUGCAGAAGCGCAGCAGCAGCAAGAGCAGCAGCAGGUGCAGCAGCAGCAGCAGCAGGAGAUGCAGCAGGAGUUGCAGCAGGAGCAAGAACUGCAGCAGCAGGGGGAAGACAGAGGCAGCAGAAACAGCAGCAGAAGGCCAUCAGCAGACUGCAGCGCAGCAGAUGAGGACGAGGUAAUAUACUCGGACCACGAAGACAUGCAGCAGCAGCAGCAGCAGCAGCAGCAGCAGCAGCAGCAAGAGCAGCAGCAGCAGCAAGAGCUGCAGCAGCAAGAGUUGGGGGCGCAGCAUGGAUACACUGAGGGGGGAAGGAAGGAAGCAAAUGCUGCGGGAGAUACACUGCAGCAGCAGCAGCAGCAGCACGAGCAGCAGCAGCAGCAGAUGCUCGAGACAAGCAGCAGCAGCAGCACCAGCAGCAGCAGCAGCAUGGAGCAGCAGCAAAGCCAGGGGACUCCUGCUGCUUCGAGCCUAUCUGCUGCUGAUAUAAACGGGACAGCAGCAGAAGACAGUGCAGCAGCAGCAGCAGCAGCAGGAGCAGCAGCUGCAGCAGCAGGAGAAGCGGGGGAUGAGAGCACAGCAGCAGCAGCAGCAGCAGCAGCAGAAGCAGCCGAAGCAGGAGCAGCAGCAGCAGCAGCAGCAGCAACAAUACUGCGUUUUGCUGCUGCAUGCGAAGAGAGUGAUGAGGAGGGGGCGAUCUCCGAAGACGAGGAAGGCUCUGCUGCUGCUGCACCUUCUAUCGAGGCAGCAGCAGCAGCAGCAGCAACAGCAGCAGCAGCAGCAGCAGCAGCAGGUCACUGCAGCAGCAAGACAGUAGAAAUACAAAAUGUUCCUCUAUCAUAUGAUGCAGCAGCAGCAGAAGCAGCAGUCAAAGACAGCAGCAGGGGCCUGCUGCUGCGGCUGCAGCAGACCCCCUCUCUGUCUGGGGGUGGCUUGCUGCUGUCUUUGACUUUCAGCAGCAGCAUAGCAGCAGCAGCAGCAGCAGCAGCAAUCAAUGGACGCAAAGCAGCAGGCAGGGUACUUCGUGCUGCUGUCGUGGGGGCCCCCAGGUCCCCUGCUGCUUGGGGGGGCCCCCAGAGGGGCCCCUCGCUGCUAGCUGCUGCUAUGAAUGCACCAGCAGCAGCAGCAGGAUUCCGUGUGUCUAGUCAGCAGCAGCUGCAGCAGCAGCAGCUGCAGCAACAGCAACUGCAGCAGCAACAGCUACAGCAGCAGCAGCAGCUGCAGCAGCUGCAGCAGCAACCACCACCACCACCCCCUGCUGCUCCUGGGGGCCCCGGAGGGGUCAAGGCUGUGCUGCGGCCCCGCGCAGUUAUACUGCGGCGAGAAGCAGCAGCAGCAGCAAACCCAGCAGCAGCAGCAGCAGCAGCAGCAGCAGCAACUGCUGCAGCAGGGUCACCUGUGGGGGCUGGGGGCCGGGUAUGUCUUACCCCUCGCCCUGGGGAUCCAUCGUGGGGUGGAUCCCAGUCGAACCCCACAGCAGCAGCAGCAGCAGCAGCAGCAACAGCAGCAGCAGCAGCAGCAGCAGGAGCAGCAGGAGGAACGGGCGAAGCAGGAAAUGCUUCUACCCCUUCUCCCUCUACUAGUACUACCACCCCCACCACCGCUGCUGCUGCUGCUGCUGCUGCUGCUGCUGCUGCUGCUGCUGCUGCUGAGGGGCCCUGGGGGCUAGAGAAGGUGAGCCAGUGGAGCGAGGAGAUGUCUAUAGAAGAACAAAUGAAGGACUUUAAACAACUACACGCGAGAUUCAGACACACCAUCAGAGAAGUGGUGGGGCAGCAGGUGGAGGUUCUUAUAGAAAUCAUCACACCAGAGAAGGAGAAGCAGCGGCAGCAGCAGCUGCUGCAGCAGCGGCAGCAGCAGCAGAAACAGGAGGAGGACGAGCAGCAGCAGCAGCAGCAGCAGGAACAGCAGGAACAGCAGCACAGUGAUGACGCAGAAGACAAGGUAAAGUCAGAACCUUCUCCUGCUGCUGCUGCUGCUGCUGAUGGUGAUGCUGCAGCAGAUGGGACGGAGGCUUCAGCUGCUGCUGAGCAGCAGCAGGAUGCAGCAGCAGCAGCACCAGCAGAUGCAGCAGCAGCAGAUGCAGCAGCAGAUGCAGCAGCAACAGAUGCAGCAGCGGCACAGGGCAGCGAGGCUAGUGAAACUGCUGCAGCAGCAGCAGAAACAACUGCAGCAGAAGCAGCAGCAGCAACUGCAGCAGAUUCAGCAGCAGCUGACAAGACACCCGAAGCUGCCGAUCCAGAGGCAGGCAAAGAAGACAGCAGCAGCAGCAGCAGCAGCAGCACUGCUGCAGCAGAACCAGGCGAUGAAGGAGAAUCAGCAGCAGCAGCAGCAGCAGCAGGAGAUGCCCCCCCACCGCCCCCCCCACCAUCAUCAGAAGCAGAUGCAGCAGCAGCAGCAGCAGCAGCAGCAGCAGCAGCAGGGAGCGAGGUGGUUGCGCAUCUAACAUAUAAAACAAAACAUGCAUGCGUGGGGGCCCUAAGAAAGCUGCAGCAGAAUACAGAUGGUGUUGUUGCUUCUCCCGCGGGGCCCCGAAAGGCUAACCCUGUCCUCUGGCUAGGCAACUGUAGAGACCUGAAGCCUGAGUGUGUGGGUGAGACGCGUCGUUUGUUUAGUUUAUUCGGGUGUAUAGACAGGUUUCAAUUUUUGUUGGAGAGAGGCUGCGGCUUUGUACAUUAUAAUAAAACUAAAGAAGCUAUAGAAGCGAGGAAUCAUAUGCAUGGAUUUGUUGUUGGGGGUGUCUCCUUGAACGUGGAUUUCUCUCCUUCUGGGCAGUCUCCUUUUUGCGACAAAAAAACAAACAGACAAAAAGAGGAGAGACGUGCUGCUUCUUUGUCUCCUUCUCGCCAGCAGCAGCAGCAGCAGCAGCAGCAGCAGCAACAUAGAGGAGGCGGCAGACAAAGACACAGACAGCAGCAGCAGCAGCAGCAGCAGCAGCAAACUGCAAAGUCUUCUUCUAUGCAUUCUAUGCCUCCUCACAUGCGGGGGUCUCCUAUGGGGGGUGGGGGCCCCUAUGGGGGCCCCCCGGGGGGCCCCCCUGGGGGCCCCCCUGGGGGCCCCUCCCCCCUCUUUGGUGUGCGGCCGGGGGGCCCCCCUGCUGACAGAGAGAGAGACAGAGAGAGAGAAAGAGAGAGAGAGAGGGAGAGAGAGAGGGAGAGAGAGAGGGAGAGAGAGAGAGACAGAGACAGGGGGAGAGACAGAGAAAGAGACAGAGAAAGAGAGAGAGAAAGAGAGAAAAACAGAGACAGAGACAGAGACAGAGAGAGAGACAGAGACAGAGAUUCGUCUCCUCCACGCCGCAGCAGGGACAGGAGAGAUACAGCGGGAGACAGCAGCAAUGCAAACAGCAGCAGCAACAGCAGCAGCAACAGCAGCAGCAGCAGCAGCAGCAGCAGCAGCGCGGGGGUAACCAGCGAGUUGUUGUCGCUGCUGCGGCAGCGGCUGCUGAGCGGUGCAGCAGCAGCAGCAGCAGCAGGGGCCUCCAAGCAGGACGGCACAGAAGACAGCAAACGCAGCAGCAGCAGCAGCAGCAGCGGCAGUGGUGGUGGUGGUGGUGGAGGCACAGCAGCAGGGGAGAAAGGCAGCAGCAGCAACAGCAGCAGCAGCAGCAGCAGCGGGAAGGACCCGCUGCUGCAGUUGCUGCAGUGUGAGCCGCAGCUGCUCGACUGUAUGCUGCUGGACUUGGCUCGAGAGCGGCUGCAGCAGCAGCUAGGAGACAGCAGCAGCAGCAGCAGCAGCAGCAGCAAAGGGGCUGGAGGAGGGGGGGCCCCCCAGGGGCCCCCCUCCUCCCGCUCACCCUCACGCAGCAACAAACGGCAGCAGGGGGCACGCAGCAAGGGGGGCCCCCCCCCUGCGGAUGAUGCUGCAGCAGCAGAGAGGGGGGCCCCCGAGAGCAGCAGCAAAGCUGCAGUGUCUGGGCAUCUGCUGCAGCGCAGCAGGAGCCGCAGCCGCAGCAGGAGCCGCAGCAGGAGCCGCAGCCGCAGCCGCAGCAACAGCAACAGCAGCAGCAGCAGCAGGAGGCACCGAGUUAGAGGCAGCGAACGAAGGCCCCAUAGAGGGAGGAGACAGAGAAGAAGCAGAAGUGCAUCAGCAGGAGACAGGGGGCCCCCAGCAGAUGAACAGCAGCAGCAGCAGCAGCAGCAGCAGCAGCAGCAGCAACUGCAGCACAGACAUGAGAGACGAGGCAGACAGUCCCCCAAUGCCACAGGGUUUGAGAGAAGAGAGAGUGGAGCCGACAGCGGGGCAGAGGGUAUCGGCAGCAGCAGCAGCUGGGGCGAUGAGGGGCCCCACAGCAGCAGCAAGCGGCGUCGUGUGGGGGCCCCCCACAGCAGCAGCAGCAGCAGCAGCAGCAGCAGCAGCAGCAGCAGCGGUGGGGGUGCAGGCAGCAGCGGGCAUACUGCUGCUGGGGGCCCCCCAGGGGGGCCCCCCUCUGCUGCACGUGGGGUUCAUGGGGGCCCCCCUAGCAGCAGCAGCGGGAGAGAGACAGCAGCAGGCCGCGGCGGCGGUGAAGCAGAUAGAUACUCCUCUUCUUCUUCUGCUGCAGCAGCAGCAGCAGCAGCAGCAGCAAGCAAGGAUAGAGGGUUGCUGCUGGUGUCGCGUGUCUCGAAGCAAGGACAGCAUGCAUGCACUAUGAGCGCAAAAUUUGUUAUGGGGGACCCCUCGCUGCAGCCGCCUUCUCGGUUGGAUGUGAAUCAGCGGGCUAGCUGGGAGCGGCUGCAGACUCAGCUGCUGCGUGGUGUCUCCUCUCGCAGCAGGGACGGAGCAGCAGCAGCAGCAGCAGCUCCAGCAGCAGGAGGAGCAGCAGGAGGGGGAGGUGGAGGAGCAGCAGCAGCAGCAGCAGCAGCAGGAACACAGCAGCAGCAGCAGCAGCAGCAGCAGCGGCAGCAGCAGCAGCAGCAGCAGCAGCAGCGGCAGCAGCAGCGGCAGCAGCAGCAGCAGCAGCAGCAGCAACAGCAGAAGCUGGCGCUGCUGGUGCAGCAGCUGCAGCAGCUGCAGCAGCUGCAGCAGCAGCAAUUGCUGCAGUUGCAGCAAUAG